CUGGAGUUCACCUACCUGGCGCCCAAAUCCGCUGACGGUCUCACUGAUGGUCUGGGCACGGGUCUCCUGGUGGUUCGGAAGCCAGAGCUCUCCGUCUCUGAGGAUUGGAAAGUUACUGUCUAUACUGGAGACACAGUGAUCUCGGAGGAGUUGUAA